GGCAAACGAAACUUCAAUGUAACGCGGAGUAAUAAAGCAACAUGUUUUGAGAUGGAACGCUCCAAAACUACAUUUUAGGAUUAUUAAUAAUGCAAGUAAAGGAGGAUCUGGAAUGCUAGUCAAUGCGGCCCCUUCUGUGACGGAGUUGAAACAAUACCUGGGUGUUUUCAUAUGCGGAGUGACAUUGUGGGGGAGCUCGUGGUUUUUAUUGCGAGAUGCCGUGCUCCCGAGCGGGUAUCUGUUCAAGAUGGCUGGCGUGGUGGCGGCGGGGUACAUCACUGGCCACACUCUGGAGAGAUACACCACCCUGAACCCCGUCGUAGGAAUGACAUUAAUCGGCGCAUUGUGUAGAAACUUGGGAAUGGAAAACUAUUUACAAAAUCCUGCCGCGGAUGCAUUGGAUUAUCAUUUAAGGCGGAUUUAUCCUGUGAUUAUCUUGUCGAAGGGGCCUUUCAGCUGGAACUGGGAAUAUAUUAAAUAUAAUUCGGUAAAAGUUUUCUCAUUGGCAACCCUGCCCUGGAUCGUGGAGUGUUUGUCUACGGCCGUCUUUGCCCAUGUGCUUCUCAAAUAUCCUUGGUAUUGGGGUCUACACCUAGGUGCCAUAUUGUCGUCUGUAUCUCCAGCUGUAAUAGUACCCACUGCCAUGGCAUUUCACGGGCGAGGCUUAGGCAAUAAGAACCAGGUGGCGAGUCUCGUGGCCAACGCGGGUGGACUGGACACCGCUGUCACUGAAGGACUCUUUGGCGUCAUAAAUAGUGCCAUAUUCGUCGCAUCCCCUCUGGCAUACAAAGUUGUAAAGGCGCUCCUAGCCAUAUUCGUCGGUAUCGGACUAGGGGUAUUGUGGGGUAUUUUGGUGGAUUGGCUGCCGGACCAGAAAGAUGUUUACGCACCAACCAUUCGAAGUAUGUUAAUUUUCACAGGAGGUCUUCUACUCAGCUACGUAGGAGGAUAUAUUGGAUGGGGCGGCACAUCUGGAGUGGCUAUCAUGGUAUGCGCCGUCACCGCAGCAACACGGUGGAAUCGGCGCGGCUGGCCAAUCAACAACAACCCCGUAUCAGAAGUAUACAAGCUCCUCUGGCGAAUCCUCGAGCCAAUGCUCUUCACUCUCAGUGGCUACUAUUUAGAGGUAUCACAAAUAACCUUAGAAGAAUUCGGGCGUAUAGUUACCUGCAUCUUCCUGGCUCUGUUUUUGCGCUUGCUGACUGCAUUCCUGGUAGCCCUUGCCGGAGAGCUGUCAGUGAAGGAGAGCCUAUUCGUGGUGGUCACUUGGAUACCCAAAGCUAUCGUUGAGGCUGUAUUGGUUCGCGUGGCUACAGAUUCUCUAUGGGAGGAUAGCAGCGCCCAAGACAAGAAGAUUGCGGAGCAACAUUCAAAUAUCAUCGUUAUUGCAAUACUAAUAACGUCGACUUUAGGGUCGGGGCUAACGACUCUCUUAGGACCAAUUCUACUUUCACAGGACGCGAGGGUUGCUCCUGAGGAGUUACAUCACGCAGACAAUCCCUGACGCCGUUUCGGUCCUCGGAUCUUAUUACAAGAAAUACCUCUCCUCUUAAUUAUCAAAUUUAUCAAACAACCAUAGACGUGUCAUUUA